AUGUCCAUUUCUCUGUCUGCUUCGACUGCCAACAUCGUCCUGAACGGCUUCUUCGAGGAUAACUCCUUUGUCUCUGGUGUUGAGGCCACCGCCGCCGACGCCGAGGUUUUCCAGGCUCUGUCUGCCGCCCCCGACGCCAGCGUCUUCCCCCACCUUGCCCGCUGGUACAAGCACAUCUCCAGCAAGGGUGAUGCCAUCAACAGCCUGAAGACCGCUGAUGCCCCCGUUGCCGCCGCUGCUGCCACUGAGGAUGAGGAUGACAUUGAUCUCUUUGGCUCUGAUGACGAGGAGGAGGAUGCCGAGCUUGAGAAGCUGAAGGCUGAGCGUCUCGCUGCCUACCAGGCCAAGAAGGUUGCCAAGGGCCCCGGCCCCGCCGCCAAGUCCAUGGUUACCUUUGAGGUUAAGCCUUGGGAGGCCGAGACCGAUCUUGAUGAGCUGCAGGUUCUCGUUAAGGGCAUUGAGAUGGACGGUCUCACCUGGGCCCAGACGGGUCAGAAGAUCCCCAUUGCCUAUGGUGUCAGCAAGCUCCAGAUUAACGCCACCAUUGAGGAUGCCAAGGUCUCGACUGACGACCUUAUUGACAAGAUCACCGAGUUCGAGGACUACGUCCAGUCGGUUGACAUUGCCGCCUUCAUGAAGCUCUAA